AUGAAACUCUUAUUGACAUUGCUUGGUAUACUCCAAGUAUGUAUUGCUACAGACUUGGAGGAAAAGUGGGGUAGUUUAUGGCAAUUUCAAGGCAUUGCAACAUUUGCCCAUUUAGAGCAUACUCAAUGCUUAGUCAACCCCAAGGAAUCAUUUGAUGUUGCCGUUAUAGGUGUUCCAUUUGAUACUGCAGUUUCGUACCGUCCGGGUGCAAGGUUUGGUCCAAGAGCCAUUCGUGAUGCAUCGCAACGUCAAUAUAGUUUGCGUGGCUUUAAUCAUAGGGCUUUGUUCAACCCGUAUAAAUCAUGGGCCAAAAUCAUCGACUGUGGAGAUAUACCCGUGACACCAAUGGAUAAUCAUCUUGCAUUUAAGCAAAUGGAUAUUGCCUUUGAUGAGUUGUUGCAAAGAUCAUCAGCUAAUGAUUCCCGGGUCCCUCCUAGAUAUGUUGUGCUUGGCGGUGAUCAUUCUGUAUUGUUACCACAUUUGAGAGCUUUGAAGAAGCAUUAUGGACGUUUAAAUGUUUUGCAUUUUGACGCACAUCUAGAUACGUGGUCACCACUGAAAUACCCCUCGUUUUGGAGAACGGACCAGAACGACUUGAAUCAUGGUUCAAUGUUGUGGCAAGCGCACGAAGAAGGGCUAACCACAAAUCGGAAUGUUCAUGCUGGUGUACGCACUAAACUUUCAGGGAUAGAAGAUUAUCAAGAUGAUGAUGCACAGAACUGGGUUAGGAUUGAAGCCGAUGAUAUUUGGUUGAAAGGUCCUCAGUACGUUGUUGAUAAGAUCUUGGAAACCAUACCAAAAGAUUCACCAACUUACCUCUCUGUUGAUAUUGAUGUUCUUGAUCCAGGGUUUGCAUCUGGUACGGGAACUCAAGAAUCUGGAGGAUGGUUACCCAGGGAGUUAAUUCAUAUACUACGCGGAGUCGAAGAGUUAACUAUAGUUGGCGCAGACGUGGUUGAGGUUGCACCAGCUUAUGAUGUAUCGGAGGUCACAGCUACAAAUGGAGCACAAAUGGCGUUUGAGAUAUUGACGAGCAUGGUGAAAAAGGGCAACGUUGACAAAAACAUAGUUGACCGCACCAUCGAGAUUUUUGAAAGUUGA